CAAUGGCGUGCAUCCACGAUGGGGAAAGAUGAAGGUUAUAUAGCUUGUGGGUACCAAUCAGCUAUUAUCAGUUAGACAAGCGAAGGAAGUGUGAACGUGUUAUCAUAGUGGCUUUUUGGAGAAUUAAUUUGCUACGUUAAAUACACAGAAGGAAAAGAAUACCACUUUAAACACAGAAUACUACAUUGAAGAAGAAACGGAGAAACAAUGAAGAUGAGGCUGUUGUGCGUGGUGCUGCUGGUCGCCGGCAGCGUGUUCGCGGACGACGACGACAAGAAGGAGAGCGUGGGGACCGUGGUAGGGAUCGACCUGGGAACGACGUACUCUUGUGUUGGUGUGUUCAAGAACGGUCGUGUUGAGAUCAUCGCCAAUGACCAGGGUAACCGCAUCACACCCUCUUACGUGGCCUUCACCACCGAGGGCGAGCGUCUCAUUGGAGAUGCUGCCAAGAACCAGCUGACCUCUAACCCAGAGAACACUGUGUUCGAUGCCAAGAGGCUCAUCGGGCGCACCUGGAAUGACCCCUCCGUUCAGCAGGACAUCAAGUACCUGCCUUUCAAGGUGAUUGAGAAGAAGACUAAGCCCCACAUUCAGGUGGACAUCGGCGGUGGCCAGAUAAAGACCUUUGCCCCGGAAGAGAUCUCCGCGAUGGUCCUCACCAAGAUGAAGGAAACUGCUGAAGCUUACCUGGGGAAGAAGGUCACUCAUGCCGUGGUCACCGUCCCUGCCUACUUCAACGAUGCUCAGCGCCAGGCCACCAAGGACGCUGGGGUCAUCGCCGGACUGAAUGUGAUGAGGAUCAUCAAUGAGCCUACCGCCGCAGCUAUUGCCUACGGCCUGGACAAGCGGGACGGAGAGAAGAACAUCCUUGUGUUCGAUCUGGGCGGCGGCACCUUCGACGUUUCCCUGCUGACCAUCGACAACGGCGUCUUCGAGGUGGUGGCCACCAACGGGGACACCCACCUGGGCGGUGAAGACUUCGACCAGCGCGUCAUGGAGCACUUCAUCAAGCUGUACAAGAAAAAGACGGGCAAGGACGUGCGCAAGGACAACCGCGCCGUGCAGAAGCUGCGUCGCGAGGUGGAGAAGGCCAAGCGCGCCCUGUCCGCCCAGCACCAGGCCCGCAUUGAGAUCGAGUCCUUCUUCGAGGGCGAGGACUUCUCCGAGACCCUCACCCGUGCCAAGUUCGAGGAGCUCAACAUGGACCUGUUCCGCUCCACCAUGAAGCCCGUGCAGAAGGUUCUGGAAGACUCUGACCUGAAGAAGCCCGACAUCGACGAGAUCGUGCUGGUGGGAGGCUCCACCCGCAUCCCCAAGAUCCAGCAGCUGGUGAAGGAGUUUUUCAACGGGAAGGAGCCGUCCCGUGGCAUCAACCCCGAUGAGGCUGUGGCCUACGGAGCAGCGGUGCAGGCAGGAGUGCUCUCUGGAGAGGAGGACACAGGUGACCUUGUUUUGCUGGACGUGUGCCCUUUGACCUUGGGGAUUGAGACUGUGGGAGGAGUCAUGACCAAGCUGAUUCCCAGAAACACUGUGGUGCCCACAAAGAAGUCCCAGAUCUUCUCCACGGCCUCUGAUAACCAGCCCACUGUCACCAUCAAGGUCUAUGAAGGUGAGCGUCCCCUGACCAAAGACAACCACCUGCUGGGCACCUUCGACCUGACCGGCAUCCCGCCGGCACCCCGCGGUGUCCCGCAGAUCGAGGUGACCUUCGAGAUCGACGUCAACGGCAUCCUGCGCGUGACGGCGGAGGACAAGGGCACGGGCAACAAGAACAAGAUCACCAUCACCAACGACCAGAACCGGCUGACCCCCGAGGACAUUGAGCGCAUGGUGAACGACGCCGAGCGCUUCGCCGACGAGGACAAGAAGCUGAAGGAGCGCAUCGACUCCCGCAACGAGCUCGAGAGCUACGCCUACUCGCUCAAGAACCAGGUGGGCGACAAGGAGAAGCUGGGCGGCAAGCUCUCGUCGGAAGACAAGGAGGCCAUCGAGAAGGCGGUGGAGGAGAAGAUCGAGUGGCUCGAGUCGCACCAGGACGCCGACCUGGAGGAAUUCCAGGCCAAGAAGAAGGAGCUGGAGGAGGUGGUGCAGCCAAUCGUCAGCAAGCUCUACGGUGCUGCGGGCGGCCCGCCCCCUGAGGGGGCCGAGGACGAUGAGGAGGGCGGGAAGGACGAGUUGUAGGGCGGCUGGAGCUGCUCAACGGUGCCCCCUAUGGAUCGUUCUCCUCCUCCCAGCCCCACCACCAUCCCCUUCCCCCCCAGGCCUUUGUUUCUCUGGAAAAGGGCCACAGGUGUACAUAUCGGACUCAUUGAACUGUAGCGAGAGGAACGUAAGGGGAACGUUAACAGCAACCCCUCCAGCUGUCUGGAAGGACUCAUUUGGGAGGGUGGGUGGGGUACGGGAGAAGGGGGUGUGAAUGUCGCUCUCUUCACUGUCAAGUGGAGAUUUCAAAGUCAGCCUGGACUGAGGCUCACUUCUGCUGUUCUCUGGCAGUUAGACAAGGGUUUAUUUUGUCUGGGGAGGGGUGAGAUUUUGGGGUGGAGUAGGGGUGGGGGGUGGUUAUGGAUUAUUACCGUAUGGGUAACGAUGUUCAUGAUGUUGAAAAUUAUUUAUUAAGAGAUCUGGUCAUUCUGGAUAAUUGUAGGGAACCUUGGAAAUAAAUGUUUGAUACAAAUGUC